AUGUCGGUUCGCAAAGACCCGCCGCCCUCCGGGCCGGGCAUGGCCGUGACGAAGCGCGCGAGGGUGGAGGACGAGGAUGAGAACACGAUGACUCUGACGGUUGCGUCUUCUGGUGAGGGACAGCGGAAGAAUGCUCUCGUCCGAACGAUCAAGAGGACCAGCGGACUGGAGGCUCCUAUCGUCUCGCUCACUGGAGCUCACGGCUUCGACCCGUCUGGGAAGACGUUGGCCGCAUCGUCGGUGGACCGAAGCAUCUCGCUCUGGCAGACAUAUCCGCCGCACGACAACUAUGGCAUCCUGCCAAACGUCCACAAGCAGGCCGUCCUUGACAUUGCUUUCUCGCUCGACUCGGAGGUUCUGUACUCUGUCGGCGCUGACGGAUAUCUCGUUGCGAUCGACCUGAAGACCGGAGAGCGCGUAGCAAAGUACUCGGCGCAUUACGGACCGGUCAACUCCGUUGCAGUCACGAUCUCUGGUGGACGAGAACUCGUGUUGACGGGAGGCGACGAUGGGAUCGCGCGCGUGUGGGACCUGUCGCUGGACACGAAGGCGCCUGUCAUCGAGUUUGACGACGAGCGUGACUGUCCAGUGACGGCUGUCGAGUGGAGCGCAGACGGCAACCAGUGCUUUGUCGGCGGAGUGGACAAUGAGAUUGCCUCCCUUGCGCUCUCCCCGAACGGCCACUACCUCGCGACCUACUCUCUUGACUCUGCUCUCAUCAUCUACGACGUGCGACCGUUCGCGUCGGACCCGAUGCGCGUGUACCGUAGUCUGACCGGUGCGCCGGCAGGCUUCGAGUCUGCGCUGAUCCGCUGCGCGUGGUCAAAACAUGACGGCGGACAGCGGAUAGCUGCGGGAGGCGGCGACCGGACAGUGACGGUGUGGGACGUUGAGACUGGCAAGAUCCUGUACAAGCUUCCGGGACACAAGGGAACGGUCACAGGCGUCGACCUGCACCCGAAGGAGCCCAUCAUCCUGACCGGAUCGAAGGACUCGAACAUGCUUUUGGGAGAGCUGGAUGCUCAGGAUCUUUCGUAG